GUUUGUUUUCUAGUCCCGGUCUGUUCUUACUGCUGCUCAGUGGCCUACAAGCUGUUGCUCCGGAGAGAGACGUCCAGGCGAUGGUGGGGAGCGACGUGAGGCUCGGCUGCGUCUACCCCGGGGGAAGCAGCUUUGACUUAAACGAUCUGUUUGUCUACUGGCAAAUCAGUGGCUCCAACACCGUGGUGGCUUACUUCCUCUCCGGGAACAGCUCCGUGGACCACGUGGACAGCCGCUACCGCAGCCGGGCCCACGUUUCCGGGGACAGCAUGAAGCAGGGUGACUUCUCCCUGCUGCUGCAGGACGUCACCCCCGACGACGCCCAGACGUUCCGCUGCCUGGUGUUCAGGGAGUCCUUGAAGCUGGGAAAGGUUCUGGAAGUGGAGAUCAGGCUGCACGUGGCCGCAAACUACAGCAUGCCGGUGGUGAGCAGCCCUGGCGGCGGCCCUGGGGCCUGGGAGCUCACCUUCACGUGCACGUCCACCAACGGCUACCCGAGGCCCAAAGUGUACUGGAUCAACAAGACGGACAACAGCCUGCUGCCCGAGGCCCUGCAGAACCACACGGUCUCCGUGAACACCCGGGGCUUGUAUGACGUGGUCAGUGUGCUCACGCUCCCGCACACCCCGGGCGUGGACGUCGGCUGCUGCAUUGAGAACGAGCUGCUGAGCCAGAAUCUCACGGGCAGCAGCCAGGCACUAGCAGCUUCCGGUGGAGCAGGAGAGCAGUUCACCGAGAGCCCCGUGGGCCCAGCCGGCCGCCGCAGGCUGGAGGUGUCAGCCAUGGCCAUUGCCCUCUCUGUCCUGAUGGUGGCAGCGGCAGUGACCGUGUGCCUGGGCCUGGGCCGCUGCCGACGACGCUGCCCACGCCACCCAGGUGACCAGACUGUGACCCCAGAGCAGGAAGAGCUCCCAGACCAGGCUGCCCAGAGCCUCUGCCCGGGACACCGACCAGGCUCCGGAAGGCCACCUGCGGGCCGGUGGACGCAGCUCAAGGGCGGACUCAGCCAGGGCUGGUGGCAGAGGGGGUGACAGGCCGUCUGCCCUGUGUGCUGCUGGCCCGCACCUCUGCCCACACAGGGCAGAGGCCGCGCCUCCUCCCAGCAGGGCC